AUGCCGUCAACAAGUCGCUGGAUGCUUUUUGAACGGAUGCCAGGCCUAGAAAAAGCUGAACGAAAGGGAAGGAAAAGUUUAUGGAGAGCAAACUGUGCAAAGCUGCGUUUCUCCACCGUGGCCAUCCGACUUCAACUCCCAGGAUUCCCCAAGCGGGCACAAAAAUCCAGCACCACAACAGAGGAGCUGGAACCAGAAACCGGGAGAUGGUCAGCCGAGGAAAGGGUGUUUGUAUACCUCCUGGAUGAGGAAGCUCGUCUGACGUGCAGCGACCCACCACAUGACUUUCCACAGGAGGGCCGGCUCAGAGAUGCCGUCCUUCAGCAGAAGAGGGUGGCCUGCAACGGGCUGCCAUUGGCCGAGCUGCAGGGCAAGCCGGUGGCCGGCUUGGCUGCCCCCUUAGCCGCCGGCAAGCAAGUGUUAAUCAAUCCUUUGGUGGACAAGAGUUCGGGGGCUGUGGUCUGUGUUAUCCUAGUCUACUGCGGGCAACUUUCGGACUCGGAUGAGCAAAACCUUCGGGCUUUAGAGAAGCAUAUCCUGGUGUCCUACAAGCGUCUCCAAAGCCUUCGGAAGUUGCAGUCUUGCCAGGCCAAACCUGUGGAGCCCCCCAGGAGCAGCUACAGCGAGCUGGACAGCAAGAUCCUGCAGUUGUGCGGGGAGCUGUACGAUCUGGAUGCAGCCUCCCUCCAGCUCAAAGUCAUUAAUUACCUGAAGCAGGAGACCCAGUCUCAAUGUUGCUGUCUUCUCUUGGUCUCAGAGGACAACAAUCAGCUCUUCUGUCAGGUGGUUGGAGAUAAAGUCUUGGAGGAGGACAUGAGCUUCCCAUUAACCGUUGGACACUUGGGAAAAGUUGUGGAAGUGAAGCAAUCGCUUAUCCUGCAAGACAUCACCUUGGAAGAGCACAAGCAACUGAACGACAUGCUGGGCUUUGAGGUGACCUCCAUGCUGUGUGUCCCCGUGGUCAGCAGAGCCACCUCCCAGGUGGUGGCCUUGGCCUGUGCCUUCAACAAACUUGGUGGAGAGAGCUACACCGAAGCCGACGUCUACAAAAUCCAGCAUUGCUUCUGCUACACUUCGACGGUGCUGACUAGCACGUUGGCCUUCCAGAAGGAGCAGAAACUCAAGUGGGAGUGUCAGGCUCUUUUGCAAGUGGCCAAGAACCUUUUCACUCACCUGGAUGACGUUUCGGUGCUGCUACAGGAAAUCAUCACGGAAGCCCGUAAUCUCAGCAAUGCUGAAAUAUGUUCGGUUUUCCUGCUGGACCGAAGCAGCCAUGAGUUGGUGGCCAAAGUGUUUGACGGAGGUGUGGUGGAUGACGAGAGCUAUGAAAUCCGGAUUCCAGCCGAUCAGGGCAUCGCUGGCCACGUGGCUACCACGGGCAAGAUCCUCAACAUCAAAGACGCCUACUCUCACCCCCUCUUCUACCGCGGCGUGGACGACAGCACCGGGUUUCGCACCAGGAACAUCCUCUGUUUCCCCAUCAAAGACGAGAAUCAGGAGGUGAUUGGAGUGGCCGAGCUCGUCAAUAAAAUCAACGGGCCAUGGUUUAGCAAAUUCGACGAGGAUCUGGCCACCGCCUUCUCCAUCUACUGUGGUAUCAGCAUUGCUCAUUCCUUGCUCUACAAGAAGGUCCAUGAGGCUCAGUACCGAAGCCACCUGGCCAACGAGAUGAUGAUGUAUCACAUGAAGGUAUCUGAAGAUGAGCACACCAAACUUCUCCACGAAGGAAUCACCCCAGUUUCACAAAUCGACCCGAACUUCGCCCAAUUCACGUACACACCACGAUCCCUUCCUGAGGACGACACAUCAAUGGCCAUUCUGAGCAUGCUUCAGGACAUGAAUUUCAUCAGCAGCUACAAAAUCGACCGUCAGACCCUGGUCAGGUUCUGCCUCAUGGUGAAGAAGGGGUACAGAGACCCUCCCUAUCACAACUGGACGCACGCUUUCUCCGUCUCCCACUUCUGCUACUUGCUGUACAAGAAUCUGGAGCUCAUCAAUUAUCUGGAAGACAUCGAAAUCUUCGCCUUGUUCAUUUCCUGCAUGUGCCACGACUUGGACCACCGAGGCACCAACAAUUCUUUUCAAGUGGCAUCGAAAUCCGUCCUGGCUGCUUUGUACAGUUCCGAAGGAUCCGUGAUGGAGAGACACCAUUUCGCUCAAGCCAUCGCCAUCCUGAAUACGCACGGCUGCAACAUCUUCGACCAUUUCUCUCGCAAGGAUUACCAAAGGAUGCUGGAUUUGAUGAGGGACAUCAUCCUGGCCACCGACCUCGCUCAUCACUUGAGGAUCUUCAAAGACUUGCAGAAGAUGGCUGACGUUGGCUACGAUCCGGCGAACAAGCAGCACCACAGCCUCCUCCUGUACCUUCUCAUGACCUCCUGUGACCUCUCAGACCAGACCAAAGGCUGGAAAACCACCCGGAAGAUCGCGGAACUGAUCUACAAGGAGUUUUUCUCCCAGGGUGAUCUGGAGAAAGCCAUGGGCAACCGUCCGAUGGAGAUGAUGGACCGAGAAAAGGCUUACAUCCCUGAGCUGCAGAUCAGCUUUAUGGAACACAUCGCCAUGCCCAUCUACAAGCUGCUUCAGGAGCUGUUCCCCAAGUCGUCGGAGCUUUACGAGCGGGUGGCCAGUAACCGGGAACAUUGGACCAAAGUCUCGCACAAAUUCACGCUCAGGGGCCUGCCCAGCAACAACUCCCUGGACUUUCUGGAUGAGGAGUACGACCUGCAGGCCAUGGCUGAGAAGGACGGGCUGAAGAUGAACGGGUGCCUCGACGGAGAAGACGGCCACGGGGAAUCGGAGCUGGAAUGAAUGAAGCCUGCCGGAGACCCCCGACCGCCCCUCCUCCCCUCCCCAACACACAAGUGCAACUUUGACACCCCCGUUCCCCAGGGAAAGAGGAGGGGGUCUGAGUUUGGAAACAAGAAACUCCCCCCACCACCACCCCCAGGCUCUUUUUUUAAAAAAAAAUUAUGCCGUGAACUUGAUCUGCUGCAAACCAACCUCUCCCCCAUCUCUUCCGCUUCGUUACUCAUUUCACUCCGGUUCCCAAUUCUGCAUUUUAGAGUCCGGUUUGGUCCGGUUCGCUCUGGAGUGGCCCCGUUUUUAACCGUCGGUUCUGGUUUCCUUGUGGUCUCGAUUGAUCCAGUGUGGAGUUCUUGCCAGCCACAUCGGUGGGGAUCCUUCAUCCUCUAAGCCAGGGGUCUCCAACCUUGGCAACUUUAAGCCUUGGAGGACUUCAACUCCCAGAAUUCCCCAGCCAGCCUUGGAGGACUUCAACUCCCAGAAUUCCACAGCCAGCAAAGCUUGAAGUUGAAGUCCUCCAAGGCUGGCUGGGAAUUCUGGGAGUUGAAGUCCUCCAAGGCUGGCUGG